AUGUUGAAACACAUCUGUAGCACGCUCUUUAUGUUACACACUUUGUUGUUAAGUGGACAGGGUUUUAUUGAGCCACAGACAAAUACAUUCAACUCCAGCUUCAGGCUGAGCGCUGAGCAAAUCACGAAGGCCAACUUAUCGUCGGUUUUGGCGAACAAUAUCGAGGUCGCGCUCAACUAUGAACGCUCAAAUUGGGCCUUCGGCUCCAUCACAGAGGACGUCUUCUAUACCGUGCCAGAGAACUUCACAUCCAGCACACCACCCGGAACCCUACUCAAGGUCGAGCCUUUGACAAAUACCACAUUUUACACCCUCGCGCCCAAUCUAGCACUGUCUCGUAUAUUAUUCACUACCGAAACGCACAACAAGACGGUAGUCCCGGCAUCGGCGUACAUACUAUGGCCCUUCUCCCCCAACCUCCAGCCUGGGUCAAACAAGGCGAGGACGGUUGUGUUCGCCCACGGUGCGUCAGGGGGGUUUGGUGACUGCACUCCGUCCCACAUGCGCACCCUUCUGUACCAGUUCCAGGCGCCGUACGCUCUCGCCCUGGCGGGCUUCGCCGUGGUGGCGCCUGACUACCAAGGGCUGGGUGUAAACUACACGCUCGAUUUCGACAGCGAGACAGGACAGCCGGGGGCACGGAAACCACUCCACCACCCGCUCGUGGGCAGCCCAUCGCUUGCCAACGACCUGUUCUACGCCCGGGAGGCCGCCCUUCGGGCGUUUCCGUCACGCCUGUCCGACGAGUUCGUCAUCAUGGGCCACAGCGAGGGAGGCGGCGCGGCAUGGGCGGCAGCAGAGCGACAGGUAACGGAACCCGUCUCGGGGUACCUCGGUACCGUAACCGGGAGCCCGGCCGCGAACUUCUCCGCAGUCGUGGACUUUGCCCUGUCGCUCGGUGCAACCGAGGUCCCCGGGGCCACCCUCCUGGCAUGGGCGGUGCGGAGCAUGUUCCCAGACUUCCGUCUGUCCGACGUGCUCACCCCGCUGGGGGUGGCCCGCCUUGAGCUGCAGGCAGAGAUUGCCGGUUGCCAGGCGGUGACGACGGCGCUGCUGCAGGGCGACGGCACGCCGCAGCCGCCCCUUCUGCGUGACGACUGGUACGACAACUCGUAUUUGCAGGGUUACUUGACGACAUCGUCGGUCGGCGGUCGGGGCGUCGCGGGGCCUGUGUUAGUGAUCCAGGGCACGGCGGAUCAGUCUAUCCCCGAGGUGGUGACAACAGCGACGGUCAACGCGACCUGCUCGGCCCAUCCGGACAGCGUGCUCGAGUACCUGCUGGUCAAUGGAACAACCCAUGUGCCGACGCUGUUCGCGACGCAGCGAGACUGGUUAGGCUGGAUAAACGCCAGGUUCGACGGCGUGCCAACUGCCGGCAGUGGCGGAUGCCAGACAUCUGUGAAGGAACCUUUCUGGCCGAUCAAUCACUACCAACCCGAGACUAAUUGGUACCUGGAGCUUGCCCUGGAUGCUUAUCAGACAGCUUAG